CUCCUCCGGGCAGGGCUGCGCUCGCCCCGCCCCGGGCCCCGCGGGCGAGCAGUGGCCAUGCGGCGAGCGGAGCUGGCGGCCGAGACCGCGCUGCGGGCGCUGCUGCUCGCCACCUUCGGGAUCAUGGAGUUCCUGCCGCCCUUCCAGCGCGUGCUGCAGCCCGAGGAGAUGUGGCUCUACAAAAACCCCUACGUGGAGGCGGACCAUGUUCCCACCGUGCUCAUGUUUUUCAUCGCAUUUCUGUCUCCCUUGUUGCUCAUCAUCCUGGCGAGGCUCUUCCUGGGCGCUGACCAUGAGGACACGAGGGAAGCCUGCCUUGCUGCCAGCCUUGCUCUUGCCCUGAACGGGGUUUUUACCAACGCCCUGAAGCUCGUUGUGGGGAGGCCACGGCCUGACUUCUUCUACCGCUGCUUCCCCGACGGCCGGGCCAACCCGGAGCUGGUGUGCACGGGGGACGCCCGCAGGGUGAGCGAGGGCAGGAAGAGCUUCCCCAGCGGCCACGCUUCCUUUGCCUUUGCUGGUCUUGCCUUCUCUGCCUUCUACCUGGCAGGGAAGCUGCAGAGCUUUGUUCCAGGCAGGGGGGGCCGAGCCCUGCGCUUCUGUGCCUUCCUCCUCCCCCUCUUCCUGGCCACCCUCAUCGCCCUGUCCCGCACCUGCGACUACAAGCACCACUGGGAAGAUGUGUUGGUUGGCUCAGUGAUGGGCCUGGUGCUGGCAUACCUGUGCUACAGGCAGUACUACCCUCCCCUGACAGACAGCUCGUGCCACAAACCAGCUCUGGCCAAGCCCAAAGCGCUGCCGGCGCACGAGGAGAAGCCUGCAGCUGCCAGCUUCCACAUGAGCAUUUAGUGAUGGGCCCUGGGCAGGGCAGGGCAGGGCAGGGGGGAGGCUGCUCAGGAGAAGUGGCUCUCAUGAGGAGGAGCCCCUGGGCAGGUGUUCCCUGCUGAGCAGGUGAGUUUCCUGCCCUGGCCCUUGUGUUGCUUCAUCUUGUUGGAUUUUGUAGGCGAGCCCCUCUUGAGGCCAGGGAGGCACUGAGGUGCCAACCUGUGGAAAGACAGUUGGGGUGUGAAAGUCCUGAACAAGAACUGGGAAAAUGGGACAACCCAGAGUGCCCAGCCUGGUGGGAGUUCCUGAGUCCAGUCCAGGAAGCACCAUUGGUCACCUCCCUGCAGUCCAGCCCAGCUGUCCCAGCCCUUCUCCUGGGAAAUGAAGUGCAGGACCUGGCAACUUUUGAGUUUUUCUAAUUUCCCAAAUAAAGGAGUUUAAUUUUGUAAUGA